AUGAGCACGCCUACUACUGUAUCUGGUGUUACCCGACGGUCACAGGCUGCUGCGGAGGAUAGCUUGGCAUGCAAGGAAUGCCGUCGCCGCAAGGCAAAUUGCGACCAUAAAAUACCAGAGUGCUCGACUUGCAAGCGGUAUAAGCGGCAUUGUCUGUAUGACAGGCUCGGGAAGACACCGUUGACACGAAGGCAUCUUACAGAAGUUGAGCAUCGACUGUCGCGUGCCGAAACAAUUCUGAAGAGGUUGUUUUCUGACCAGGAAGUUUCGUACUUGCUUGAUCAAGAACGAUCUGGCGAUGUGCCUGUACUGCCUCCAGUCAGGAAUGUCUCACAAACACAGACACCGCGAACGGCGAGUCCUGCUGGAGCGAGUAUACAUUCACCAGCUUCGUCGCACCAACAGCAAUCAAUAACUUCGCAACCCCAAACAUCGGUACAAGGAAGUGUUGGUCUUGAGGAUCCUGGAUCAGCAUGGAGCUUUCCUACUACCGAUGUCGAGCCGGAUCCCACAGCAGCAUUAUAUCCUGAUGGAGACGAGGAGUUCGAGUGGGACGAGAGAGAGCAAACUGGACUGGCUGGUGGGGUGGCAAUGGCAGAAGACGACGAGGAAGGCGUAAGGAAGGUAAUAGAUGGCAUGGCCACGCUCACGGUCGAUGCAGCUAACUAUGGUUAUCUUGGAAUGGCGUCCGGUGCCUCUCAUCUGCGAUCCUUGUGGAUGGAAUCUGGAAACGGACCUUCGUGGGAUUCUGGUGCAUGGAACGAUCGACGACGCGACUUGCAAGAUCUCCUUCGUCGGCGGACAGAAGGCUCUACGAUAGCUUCGGCUGUGCAGACGCAGACUCUGGUGACACGGGCAAUGGUGGACGUGUUUGUCGAUGCCUUCUUUGUCCGCUAUCAUCCUGUCUUUCCUAUCUUGCAUGAGCCUACAUUCAGAGCUCAGUACGACAGCAGAAUGGCUCGACCUGGACAGAGCAUCUGGCUCGUUCUGGUGAACAUUGUCGCAGCACUAGGUGCUUUUGUGACGAAUCCGAGUUCAUCAGACGAAACGAGUCUGUCGAUCUUCCGAACGGCAAAGCGUUAUCUUGCGGUCAAUGCUUUGGAGACAGGCAAUUUGACACUGGUGCAAGCGUUUGGUAUGGCAGCCAUGUUCUUGCAGAAGAUCAAUAAGCCCAACACUGGCUACAACUAUGGUGGAGUAGCCAUCCGCAUGGCCAUUGGACUUGGCUUGCAUAAGGAGUUUGGAUCUCAGCACAUGAGCCCUUUCAAACAGGAGUUGCGUCGGAGAAUUUGGUGGUCGCUUUGUGUCUUGGAUGUAGGUGCAACAAUUACCUAUAGUCGUCCCUUGAUCUGGCCGCAAAUCGGAGUCGAUGCGGCUCUGCCGUCAAACAUCCGAGAGGAGGAUAUCAUGGUCAACUCGCCAGUAACGCCAGCAGAAGUGGAUACAGCCACCGUCAACACAUACCUCCGAGUCCAGUCGUCGUAUCAUCUACAGACGAUGCCGAUAUACAAUCGCCUGAUCAGCAACCCGCCUCCACUGCCAGAAGAACUCUUGACACUCGACUCGACGAUUGUAGAGAAUUGGCUAAGCCAGGUACCGCAUUACUUCCAGGAUAGCAGUGGAUCGAGCUUGGAAGACCGAUUUGCAUUGCCUCACGGCAUCAAUUGCUGGCGAUAUCGAAAUCUUCGAAUUGUCAUAUUCCGGCCGUUGCUGGUGAAGUGGGCCUUGCAAGAUGGACUUGAGGAGACUCUUACUUGGCAUGAGCAGGAAGCUACCAACCGGUGCCUGCGUGCUGCUCGUGAGAGUAUAGCCUCGAUACAAAACUUUUGGAAGUCAAGGCCGCAGACCAGAUUGACGGCCUUCUAUGUCUUAUACUUCCUUUUCCAGGCAGCACUCAUCCCGAUCCAUUGUUUGCGUAGCAAAUCUCAAUCAAGGCUGGCACCUGAAUGGCGGGAUCAAGUUACUGCAACCUUGGAGGUGGUCGAAUCGAUGAUUGGGCUGAACCAAAGCGCUUCGAAGUGUCGGGAUGUCAUUAUGAGUCUUUGUGGGUCGCUUCUCCAUAAGGUGGAUGACGAGUUUGUCAACUACCAGCAGGCCUUCAACUUCGAGCCGACAAUGGAUGCAACUGCUUGGAUGCUAGGUACAGCACCAACGCUCAUCAAUGAGAAUCUUUGGGCUGGUAGCUUGGAUAAUACCAGCGCGGACCUCUCGUUCAGUACUUGGGAGGGGGAUUGGAACAUCUAA